CUUCUCUACAUAAAUCACUGCGGUGUGGAUUUUUCUUUUUUUAAUGGAGUUAUUCAACUCAGCUCUUGAGAAAAACACCACUUUUGUGCAUCCUGCAUAUUUCAUAAUAACUGGUUUAUCUGGCUUCCCAAAUAUUAACCAUUACUAUGUCUUUCUGUUUUUUGUUUUUAUUGUCUCAGUGUUGGGAAACACAGUUGUAAUGGCCGUAAUAUACUUGGAUCAUAAUCUGAGAACUCCAAAAUAUGUUGCAGUUUUUAAUUUGGCAUUUGUGGACCUGUUUGGUAACUCUGCUUUGGUGCCGAAGCUUCUUGACAUCUUUCUGUUGAACCAUCCCUACAUCCCCUACAACGACUGUUUGACAUUCCUUUUUUUCUGCUACACCUGCCUUUCUAUGCAGUCAUUUAAUCUGGUUGCACUCUCCUGUGACAGACUGAUAGCUAUCAUCUUCCCACUGCACUAUCAAGUGAAGGUGACCCACAGGUUUAUGCUGUCGUUGAUUGCCUCAUUCUGGGUCUUUGUUAUAAUUGCUGUACUCAUUGCAGUUGGCCUUCUUACAAGACUUUCCUUCUGUAAAUCUGUCGUUAUUAACAGCUAUUUCUGUGACCAUGGCCAGAUAUACAGGCUUGCAUGCAAUGACCAUUUCCCCAAUUAUAUCAUUGGCUGUUUGUAUCCUGUUCUUAUUUUUUGGCUUCCAUUCAUUUUUAUCCUGUUAAGUUACCUAUAUAUUGUCUAUACUUUGGCUAAAGUGGCCACAGUACAACAAGGACUCAAGGCCUUUAAAACGUGCAUAGCUCAUCUCUCAUUGGUAGCAAUAUAUUUCAUUCCACUGUUAAUCACAUUUACCCUGAUGGAAAAAAUACAUCCAAAUGCCAGGAUCAUAAACUUGUCUCUGACCUCCGUCUUUCCUCCCAUGUUGAACCCAAUCAUUUAUGUUCUGCAGACACAAGAAAUCAAAGAGUCUGUGAAAAGGUUAUUAAAAAUCAGGGGGAAAUCCAAAAUAACAACACAAAAAUUAACCAUAAUGUGA